AUGUUGUGUUCGUCUGAGAAUCCCACCCGCUCCCCAGCUGCAUCUGCCCGAAGACGUGGGGUGCGAGGGCUGCGGGGAGCAGAAAUGCACCCACCUACGUUCCUGGUGGCAGUUCCCUGGAACAUCAGGCCUGGAGCAAACGUGACUGUUGGGGUAGCUCUGCUGCCGGACAGCCCAGCACAGGUCACCGUAAGGGGAGAGGUGAUCAGAGAUAACAAGACCAUCUUGAGCAGGGAAAUGGUCUUUGAGAAAGAUUCCUUUGGGACGCUUGUUCUUCCAGUACUGCCUUUGAACAGUGCUUCUGGGAAUUAUGAAUUACUGGUGGAAGGCCAUGCUGACGGCCAGCGCAUCUUCUCUAACCGUACCAGCUUGAUGUACAUGUCAAAGAGCAUCUCCGUAUUCAUCCAGACUGAUAAAUCUAUGUAUAAACCAGGACAAGAUGUGAUGUUUCGGAUUGUCACCGUCUAUCCUGAUCUCAAACCUUACAAAGUGUCUCUGAAUAUAUAUAUCCGAGAUCCUCGGAAGAAAUUGAUUCAGCAGUGGUUGAUGGAGGAGGGUGAUUUGGGCGUAGUUUCCAAAAAAUUUCAGUUAUCAAUGAACCCUCCACUAGGAGACUGGUCCAUAGAGGUGGAAGUGAACGGUCAAGUUCAUUAUCAAAGAUUUAAAGUGAUGGAAUAUGUUUUACCAAAAUUUGAUGUUAUGAUAACAACACCAUUAUACUACUCUUUGAGAGAGGAAGACAUAACUGCUGUUGUCACUGCAAAGUACACGUAUGGAAAACCAGUAAAGGGAACUGUAACGAUCACUUGCCUUUCUGUCUCUUACUGGGCAAACAAGAGAAAUACAACAACAACAAUGGAGAUAAAUGGAUCUGCCAAUGUAACCUGUAACAAGCUUAUGUUGCAAAACUUGAAUGCUGAUCAGUCGUGGCACCAAGUUGACAGUGAUUACACAGAGCCAAUAGAAAUUUUCGUGGUGGUCACUGAGUCACUCACAGGAAUCUCCCAAAAUUCAAGUACCAUCAUAUUUCCAAAGCAAAGUGACUAUUUUAUUGAAUUUAUGGACUACUCUAGAGUUAUAAAACCUUCUCUGAACUUCAUAGCUACUCUAAAGGUGACACGUUCUGAUAGCAACCAUCUGACAGCUGAAGAGAGGCAAAAUCUUGUCACAAUCACUGCACAACAGUCAGACCUGCUUUUUCACCACUCUUCACUUUCUCACCUUGAAAAUGAGGCAACAGAGGAGAGAAAUCUGACAGUCCAUGUCCUGAAUUACACGGUCCCAGAAAAUGGAAUAAUUGAUAUUGAGUUUCCAAUCUUGUCUGAUACAAAAACUCUGAGAGUUCAGGCAGAGUUCCUCAGCAGUAGGACCGACAUAGGUGUUUAUGAUGUGUUCAGCUCCCCCAGCCAGACGUAUCUCCAGGUUAAAACAAAGAGCCAGGAUAUAAAGGCUGGAAAGCCUUUUGAGCUGAGCAUUGCAAGCAACAAGCCAGUGAGAGAGUUCCACUAUCUGGUGUUAUCUAAGGAACAAAUUAUGGCUUUUGGCACAAAGGCUGCAAAAACAUUCACUUUAACAGCAGAAAAUUCCUGGGCUCCUGUGGCAUGUAUACUUGUAUUCUACAUUGAUGAGCUUGGAGUGGUUGUAAAUGAUGCUCUCACUGUCCCCAUUCAGCCUGUUUUGGAUGACAAGAUUAAAAUCUCUUGGAGCAAAGAUAAGGUCAAGCCAUCUGAGAAAGUCUCCCUUAAAAUCAGUACAACAGAACCAGGAUCAGUAAUUGGACUUGCAGUUGUUGAUAAAAGUACAAAGCUUCUAGGAGAAAGUAGUGACAUAACAGAAGAUUCUGUCUUCCAUGAGCUCAAUUUAUACAGCACAGUGCAGUAUUUCCCCCUGGUCAGAGGUUCUUUUGGUGUCUUUCAGAAAUGCAGCCUUUGGGUAUCAACUGAUGCAAUUCUUGAGGAGGAUAAGGAACAUUUUCUUUAUGGUGGAAUGAUACCCAUAGAGGAUGGUUUCGGUGAUGAUAUGUCGCUAUCUAAAAAUGGACCUCCUGAUUUCAGCAAUCUCUAUGUGAGGACACAUUUUCCAGAAACUUGGCUUUGGAUCGACACUAAAACUAGAUCUGACACAGACACCACAAUGGAAGUCAUUGUACCUGAUACCAUCACAUCCUGGGUAGCCAGUGCUUUUGUGAUGUCUGAAAACAGUGGGCUUGGAGUCACGACUGCUCCAGUGGAGCUGGAAGCUUUUCAACCUUUCUUCAUUUUCCUGAACCUUCCAUACUCUGUCAUCAGAGGAGAGCAGUUCAUUUUGGAAGUGAACAUCUUUAAUUAUUUGAAAGAAGAAGCUGAGGUUACUGUGAUCCUGGAUGUGAAUGAUGCUUUUGAAAUUAUUCUAACAUCCAAUGAAAUAAAUGCUACAGAAAAUCAACAGUCUAUAUCUGUACCAAGUGAAGAUGGGAAAACUGUUCAAUUCCCAAUCAAGCCGAAACAGCUGGGAGAGAUUCCCAUCAAAGUGACAGCAAUAUCAUCUGCUGCUUCUGAUGCUAUCAUGCAGAAAGUUUUAGUAAAGGCUGAAGGAUUGGAACAGACAUAUUCUCAGACAGUCCUUUUGGAUUUGACUGGGAAUAAACCACAAGCAGUGUCAAAAACUUUGGGUUUCACUUUUCCUUCUGAUGUUGUAAGUGGCAGUGAGAGAGUGCAGGUCGCUGCUAUUGGUGAUUUACUUGGGCCUUCUAUCAAUGGCUUGUCAUCAUUGAUUAAGAUGCCUUACGGCUGUGGUGAACAGAAUAUGAUCAAUUUUGCUCCAAAUGUUUAUGUUUUGCAAUACCUGACUAAAACCAGGCAGCUGAGAGAGGAUAUUAAAUCAAAAGCUGUAUCAUUUAUGAGAAAAGGCUACCAGAGAGAGCUGCUUUUCCAGAGGGAUGAUGGCUCUUUUAGUGCCUUUGGAAAUGAAGAUCCCUCUGGGAGCACAUGGUUAUCAGCUUUUGUAUUAAGAUGUUUCCUUCAAGCUCGUCCAUUCAUAGAUAUUGAUCAAGAUGUACUCAUGGAUACAGCUAAAUGGAUUGUCCGGCAUCAGAAAUUAAAUGGAGAAUUUCAUGAGCCUGGGAAAGUGUUACAUAGUGAUCUUCAAGGAGGCACCAAUAAUCCAGUCGCUCUCACAGCUUACAUCAUGUCAUCCCUCCUAGGGUCCCCAGAUAAACAGCAUGCUUAUGUCAUCAAGAGUGCUACAAACUUUCUAGAAGGUAAAUUAGAAGAAGGCAUUUCGGAUAAUUACACUUUGGCACUUGUGACAUAUGCGUUGUCUUCGGCGAAAAGUACAAAAGCAAAGGAAGCACUGAAUAUACUGAACCAGAGGGCAGAACACCAAGGAGAAUUUCGCUUCUGGAUAACACCCGCUUCGGAAAUUUCUGAUUCAUGGCAGCCACGGUCCAUCGAUAUUGAACUUGCAGCAUAUGCUCUGCUCUCGCACUUUCAUCAAGACAGAUUAGCAAAAGGGAUCCCUAUUAUGAAAUGGUUAAGUCAGCAAAGAAAUCACCUUGGGGGAUUUUCAUCUACUCAGGACACGGUGGUGGCUCUGCAAGCCUUGAGUCUAUUCGCAACUCUCACUACUGCAAGCAAAACAGAAAUGGAUGUAACAGUGACAGCACCUUCUUUGAAAAUUCCGGAAACUUUUUCAGUUCACACUCAAAACCGUUUUCUGCUUCAGACCAAGGAGAUUGCCCCUGCACAACCAAUGACAAUUACAGUGGCAGCGGAGGGAACAGGAUUUGCUGUCUUUCAGCUCAAUGUUAUUUACAACACAAAACACACUGAUCAGAGGCUCAGAUCUGUCCGAAAACAAGAAGCCUUUGACUUGAAUGUUGAUGUAAAGGAUGACAAAGACGAUAAAAACCAUUUGACCUUGAAUGUGUGCACAAGGUACUUGGGUUCUGGCACAGCUCCCAGUAGUGGUAUGGUCCUCAUGGAGGUUGGCUUACUCAGUGGUUUCUCUGUGUCACCAGAUUUCAUUCCAUUAGACAACACAGUUAAGAAGAUGGAAAAGGACUAUGGAAAAGUCAACCUAUACUUAGACUCUCUAAAUGAAACACAGGUUUGUGUGGAUAUUCCGGCUGUGAGAGACUUCAAAGUGGCAAAUAUCCAAGAUGCUUCAGUGACUAUAGUGGAUUACUAUGAACCUAAAGAGCGGUUUUUUUUUGUGAGAAGCUACAAUUCAGAAGUAAUGCAAAGUAUAACCCCUUGUGACUUCUGUGAAAGUGAUUGCGGUCUUUGCCACCGAGAUGGUUCUCCAGCCUUGCUUCAGCACUCUUCGUUGGCCUCCUUGUUCUGUGUGCUAUUUGUCCUUCAUGUAAACUUGCUGUGCAGUUGGGUGCUGUAA